CGCAACUUCAGUGCAUGCUCAUUCGAUCAACGAGUCGCAUCGGCAACUUGACUACCACCACAAGGCUACUCCCACGGCUCAGCACAUCUCCCCGUCGCCUCUCAAUCUCGCCUCUUUCGCCGGCCUCUCUCUGCCCUCCACCCAUCUCUCCCUCUCGCCCGCGUCUUUCCUCCCAACCUCUCCUCCUCACCCUCUCACUCUCACGCACAAUGUCCUCCUCUUUGGCCCCGCUCGUCCUCAAGCCUCUGGAAGGUGUUGAGGCCGCAAAGCGCGCAGCGGCCUACGCUUCAGUGGACAACCACGUUCUCCCCGAGCACAAGGUCGUCGGCAUCGGGAGCGGUUCGACUGUCCCUUAUGUAGUGGAGAGGAUCGUACAGCAAGGGCCCAAGGUCAACGCGGCGAGGUGGUUCGUGCCGACGGGCUUUCAGAGCAAGGAGCUGAUUGUGCAAGCUGGACUCAACCUCGGAGACGUCGACUCUUUCCCCGUCAUUGAUGUCACCAUCGACGGAGCAGACGAAGUCGACCCCUCCCUCAACUGCAUCAAGGGCGGCGGUGCCUGCCAACUCCGCGAGAAGGUCCUGGCCGAGGCAGCCAAGACCUUCAUCGUUGUGGCAGAUUACCGCAAAGAGUCUCCUCAGCUCGGCCAGAAAUGGACCCAGGGCGUGCCAAUCGAGGUGGCCCAGUUCGCCUACGCGAGCGUUAUGCGCAAGCUCGAGGCGCUGGGCGGUAAGCCUGUGCUGAGGAUGGGAGGUGGAGCCAAGGCUGGACCUUGCGUGACUGACAACUCCGGCUUCGUAAUCGACUGCCCCUUCCCGGCUUCUUCCUUCUCUUCCCCCUCCGACCUCCUCGCCAAGAUCAAGCUCAUGACAGGAGUGGUCGAGGUCGGCCUCUUCUGCGAUGUAGCCAAAGCGGCCUACUUUGGCAAUGCGGACGGAACCAUCACGAGCAGGACGGCAGCUGGGGAAGUGAAGGAGGGGAUCAGCUUCGAUGUUCAGAGGAACCCCGUGGUCGCGUGAGGGGAGAGAUAAGGAGGGUGUAAAAUAGAUUGACUCAGAC